AUGGCGACGGCGACGGCGGUGGCGGCGGGGGCCGGGGCCGCGGCGGGAGCUGAGUCGGCCGAGGGGCCCCGGGGGCCGACGCCGGCGCUGGAGCUAUGGCUCAAUAAAGCCACAGACCCAAGCAUGUCAGAACAGGAUUGGUCAGCUAUCCAGAAUUUCUGUGACCAAGUGAACACUGAUCCCAAUGGCUCAACCCAUGCACCCUGGCUGCUGGCCCACAAGAUCCAGUCUCCACAAGAGAAAGAAGCUCUUUAUGCCUUAACGGUGCUGGAGACGUGUGUGAACCACUGUGGGGAGAAGUUCCACAACGAGGUGGCCAAGUUCCGCUUCCUGAACGAGCUCAUCAAAGUGCUGUCCCCAAAGUACCUAGGCUCCUGGGCUACAGAAAAAGUUAAAGGAAGAAUCAUUGAAAUACUCUUCAGUUGGACAGUCUGGUUUCCAGAGGACAUCAAGAUCCGAGAUGCUUAUCAGAUGCUAAAGAAACAAGGAAUCAUAAAGCAAGACCCUAAACUUCCAGUGGAUAAAAUCUUGCCCCCACCCUCUCCCUGGCCCAAGAGCUCCAUCUUUGAUGCUGAUGAAGAAAAGUCAAAGCUUCUGACAAGGCUUCUGAAGAGCAACCAUCCUGAGGAUCUUCAGGCUGCAAACCGGCUGAUCAAGAAUUUGGUCAAGGAGGAACAAGAAAAAUCAGAGAAGGUGUCCAAGAGGGUCAGUGCUGUGGAGGAAGUUCGGAGCCACGUGAAGGUGCUGCAGGAAAUGCUGAGCACGUACCGCAGGCCAGGACAGGCCCCGCCAGACCAGGCAGCCUUGCAGGUCGUGUAUGAGAGGUGUGAAAAGCUGCGGCCCACCCUGUUCCGGCUGGCGAGUGACACCACCGACGACGAUGAGGCGCUCGCGGAGAUUCUCCAGGCAAAUGACCUCCUCACCCAGGGAGUUCUGCUGUACAAACAGGUGAUGGAGGGCCGUGUCACCUUCGGGAACACAGUGGCCAGCUCUGUGGGAGACAUACCUGUGUCCAGAGUCUUUCAGAAUCCAACAGGCUGCAUGAAGAACUGCCCGCUGAUUGACCUGGAGGACAAUGGGUCUGAGCAGGCUGGGACAGUGGCGCCGUCUUUACUGCAUCAGGACCUGGCAGCCUUAGGAAUCAGUGAUGCCCCAGUUACCAGCAAGGUUGCAGGGCAGAAUUGCUGUCCGGAAAAGACGCACCCCACCAGCAGCGCGCUGCCAGCUGGCAGCGCUCAGAGCCCUUCUGCAGAAAGGAACCUGCUGGACCUCCUGUCCCCACAGCCGCCUCCGGGAUCUCGGAAUUAUAUUCCACAGAAAAGUAUCCCCAAGGAAGUACCACCAGGUACCAAGUCCUCUCCAGGUUGGUCCUGGGAGGCCGGCCCGUUGGCUCCUUCCCCAUCUUCCCAGAACACUCCUCUGGCUCAACUGUUUGUCCCUUUGGAGUCUGUUAAGCCCAGCAGCCUGCCUCCUCUUAUCGUGUAUGACCGGAAUGGAUUCAGAAUUCUGCUCCACUUUUCUCAGACUGGAGCCCCCGGCCACCCGGAGGUGCAGGUGCUCCUGCUGACCAUGAUGAGCACCGCCACCCAGCCUGUCUGGGACAUCAUGUUUCAAGUGGCUGUGCCAAAGUCAAUGAGCGUGAAACUGCAGCCGGCGUCCAGCUCUAAGCUUCCUGCUUUCAGCCCUUUGGCACCUCCAGCUGUGAUCUCUCAGAUGCUGCUUCUGGACAACCCACACAAAGAGCCCAUCCGGUUACGGUAUAAGCUGACAUUCAAUCAAGGUGGACAGCCUUUCAGCGAAGUAGGAGAAGUGAAAGACUUUCCUGACCUGGCAGUCCUGGGUGCAGCCUGA